GAUUCCAAAAAGCCUCCAGCUAAGCCAGAAAACUCCAGAAAGACAAAUCCAGUCUUCAACAUAACAGGACAAGCUUCACCAUGUUGGUCCUCAUCUUGCUUGGUCUUGCUCUGAUGGCUGUGGAUCCUUCAGAUGAACAGGAGCUGAAGCUGCUUCGUGGCAAUUGUCCCAUGUUCUGGUACAGCUAUGGGGACCGCUGCUACAAAUACGUCGCUACACCAAUGACCUGGGGAAAUGCAGAACUCCACUGUGUGUCACAAAAUGCCAACCUGGUGUCUGUCCACAGUGUUGAAGAAGAAGCCUUCGUCAAGAUGCUGAUUCAAAACUUCGACCCUGCUGAGGCUCCGACCUGGAUUGGACUCAGUGAUGCUCAGGAGGAAGGAGGGUGGCUGUGGUCUGAUGGGACCAAAGUUGACUUUCAGGCUUGGGAUCUAGCACAGCCAGACAACCAGAAAAUUGAAAACUGUGGACACACCAAUCAUGGCAUAAAUAAGAAAUGGAAUGACUAUCCUUGUACGCACACAUACUCUUUUGUUUGUAAGUCUCGUCAAAAUUGUUCCUAAAACCACGAGGGUCUCUUCUGGUUCUUGUUCAAAACUAAACUGAUCAUAUGUUUGGUGUUCAGUCUGUGUGGAAAAAGACAAACUGUGUCAAAUAAUGUUCAAGUUUUUGUUCAUGAAUCAUCUGUUCAAAUGUCCAAGAAAAAACCUCUGAAUGGUCGUAGAUUUUCUCUUUACUGAACUAAAUGUUUUGUAACUGUAAAUGUUUGCAUAAACAGACAUUUUUAAGGGAUCAAAAUUUGUUUUCAGGGCAAUAAAUUUAAAAAAUGAA